UUUAGUUUCAUUAUUCACGUGUUUAUUUUCAUUUUAUUAUAUUUUAUGUAAUUAAAUAGGCAUGCCACGUGCUAUGAUAUUUUAUACGUAAGAGUUGAAAUCAAAUUUUAAUAGAUUUUGAUAAAAAUUGAUAAAUUUAUAGUUGAAAAGUUAUCUACGUGAUUAAAAUUAAUUAUUAACUUUAAUUUAAAUUAAAAUUUUAAUUUUAAUCAGAAUUUAUAUUUUUUCUCUAUAAAAUGGCUCUGUGCUAUGCUCGAUAAUAGCUGUGUACUAAAUUAAUAGCUUCCCCAGCAUCAAUGGCUCACGGAAAAAGCAAAACCACUAUACUAAAAUUCGAUUCCGAGGAAGAUGUAGCCGUGGCUCUGGCAAAAUACACCGCCGAUUUGUCGGAAAAGUAUAUCAGAGAGAAGGGUUCUAUCUCUGUUGUUCUUUCUGGAGGUAGCCUAAUCGAUACAAUGAGGAAACUGGUGGAGUCUCCAUACAAAGAAUCAGUUGAUUGGUCGAAAUGGCUCAUCUUUUGGGUGGAUGAGAGGGUGGUUCCUUUGACUAGUGAUGACAGUAAUUAUAAACUUGCAUAUGAUGGUUUUCUUUCGAAGGUACCAAUUCCUUCCAGUAACAUUUAUGCCAUCAAUGACAAGCUGUCACCAGAGGGCGCGGCAAAUGAUUAUGAAGUACGUCUCAAGCAUUUGGUCGAGAGCAAAAUUAUACCUUUAUCUAAUGCUUCUGGAUUCCCCAAAUUUGAUCUUAUGCUUCUUGGAAUGGGGCCAGAUGGACACGUUGCUUCUUUAUUUCCUAACCGUCCGCAACGUCAUGAGAAGAAGCGGUGGGUUACAUUCAUUACCGACUCUCCCAAACCUCCUCCACCGAGGAUCACUUUCACGUUUCCCGUGAUCAACUCAUCUUCAGAUAUCGCAAUGGUGGUCACCGGAGCUGAACUGGCCGAUACUGUUAAUAUUGCAUUGGGUGAUGGACUUCCUCCUGAUUCAAUUCCCCUGCCUAGCAUGGAAGUUUCACCUGAAGGAGAACUGAAAUGGUUCCUGGACAAGGAUGCUGCUUCUAAACUUAAGUAGAAUAACUCAGUGCUGUCUGUGUCGUGUUUCAUUAUCCUCUAAUAAUCUCGUGUCUUCUUUAUCGUAUGAAUAAUAAUCUCUGUUUGAGACCACCUCAAUAAUGCUUAUAUUGUUCUUGUGUCCCUUCUUAUUUGA